CCUCCACAUCUCUAUCCGAACCAAAUUCCCUUUCUCAGUUCUCUUCUUCCCUUCCCUCCCUCGUCUUCCUGCUUUCAUUUAUUUCUGCACUUCUCUCUCAUCAUCAUCAUCAUCAUCAUCUUCUUCGUUUGCUUCAAUCAGAUCUGUUUUUGGAUUCUACCCUUUUCAUCUUCAUCCUCUCAGUUGAAUCAGCUUCUUCAGAUUCACUGAUUCAACCCUUUUCUCAUCUUCUUCUAUCUAGACUUUUCCCACCCACCCACCUUUAAAAAGAACAGUUUUGAUCGAUUUCCCUGUUUCAAUUAAGGGAAAAUUCCAGAUUUUGAACUCGACCCGAAUUGCGAUGGCCACUUCUCGAGCUACCCAUCAGGCAACGGAGGCGAUCGUUUCUCAGGAACAGAGGCAGAAGCAGCAACAGCAGCAGAUGCAGUCGUCUCUUAAGCAUCAACUGCCGUUUGCGUCAACAAAGCCGCCGUUUGCUGACUAUCAUACUUUCUCUCGUUCGACUGAUGACAACCGGUUAAAAGAAACGGAGACCAUUGUUGUUAAAUCACCGCCAGUAAAACGCAAAACAGCAAUAGCAGGACCAGAAGCUGAGUCUUACCAUGGUAACUCCAUUGCAAGAUACUCGGACGCUGAUAUAACUCAUCUCAAAACACCUGUGUCAGUUAAAGGUAACAAAAUCCAGAAGUUGCCCAAGGCACCAAAGUCAAACAGAUCAAGGCCUCAAACUCCAGCACCCGAUAUAGGCACUCCUUCAGGCCACAAUGCCACGACAGUGGGUCCCUGCCGUUAUGAUAGCUCUCUGGGACUCUUGACAAAAAAGUUCAUCAAUCUGAUAAAACAUGCUGAGGAUGGUAUUCUUGAUCUGAAUAGAGCUGCUGAUAUUCUAGAGGUACAAAAGAGGCGAAUAUAUGAUAUAACAAAUGUUCUUGAAGGAAUUGGUCUUAUAGAGAAGAAGCUUAAGAAUAAUAUUCAGUGGAAGGGACUCGAUGUGUCAAGACCUGGGGAUGCUGAUGAAAAUGCUUCCGCUUUACAGGCCGAAGUUGAAAACCUUUCCAUUAAGGAGCGAAUGAUAGAUGAGCAAAUAAGAGAAAUGCAGGAAAGACUAACAGAACUGAGUGAAAAUGAAGACAAACAGAAGUGGCUUUUCGUUACUGAAGAUGAUAUCAAGGGCCUACCAUGCUUCCAUAAUGAAACCCUAAUCGCUGUUAAAGCUCCACAUGGGACCACACUGGAAGUCCCUGAUCCUGAUGAGCAGACCGACUAUCCUCAAAGAAGAUAUAGAAUAGUGCUCAGGAGCACCAUGGGCCCAAUAGAUGUUUACCUAGUUAGUCAAUUCGAAGAGAAGUUUGAAGAAAUGAAUGAGGUUGAGCCAUCACCCCCUAGUUGUCUUCCCUCAACAUCAGGGUUCAAUAAGAAUGCAGAUGCAGCAGUGGCAACAUCAGAAGAUAGCAGAAGAGAAGAAAUUAAAACACGGGAACAAGAAUCUAACAGGAUGUGCUCAGAACUAAAUCCCUCAAACGACUUUGUGGGUGGGAUCAUGAAAAUCGUCCCAGAAGUUGACAGUGAUGCAGAUUACUGGCUUUUAUCGGAUCCGGAUGUUAGUAUGACAGACAUGUGGUCAACAGAGGCGGCUGGUCUUGAAUUGGGUUACUUGGGUAGACUGGAUGAUGAACAAUACCCAGUUGUUGCAAACAUGGGUGCACUAUCUCCUCAAACUCCACAGCCAAAUCCAAAUCCAAAUCCAUCGGUUAGAUGAGACUGGAAGGUUUUAUUGAUGGUGAAAAUGUAAAGUUAGACUUCAAGGUCCAAUUUAUUUCAUUUAUUAGAUGUAAACACUUAGAAGAAGAUAGUUCUAUGGCCAUUGUAACUUAGCUGUACUCCUUAAGUAAUGUAAAACUAAAUCUUGGGAUUUUUUCUUAUUCAAAUAAAUUUAUCCCCUAGGUCCAUUUUCUUUU